AUGGCCUUUCCAUGGGCAGAUAAGUGGGCAGCCGAUGCGUCUGCAUCUACAGGGCUGCCUCCGGACCUCCUCAAGAUUGCAUUCACUCUGGUCAUGUCUUAUCCGCUGAGUUCUCUCAUGAAACGGCUGCCAGAUGACGCCAAAAACCUCAAGAUCAUCUAUAUCAUCUCCGUGUCCAUCUUCUACAUGGUGGGUGUCUUCUCCCUCUAUGGCGGAGCUGCCACUCUGCUCUUCUCCUCAAUGGGUACCUUCUUCAUCACCCAAUGGAAGAGCCCUUACAUGCCCUGGGUCAAUUUUGGUUUUGUCAUGACCCAUCUCUUCGUCAAUCACCUGCGUUCGCAGUUUUUCCCCGAAACAUACGACCCCAAUGUCAUUGACAUCACCGGAGCACAGAUGGUUCUGUGUAUGAAGCUAUCGUCUUUUGGAUGGAACGUCUACGAUGGAUGGCAGAUUGAGAAGGGUGAGCAGCUCAGCGAGUUCCAGACUAAAAGGGCUGUUCUCAAGCACCCCAGUCUUAUGGACUUCCUAGCUUUUGUGUUCUACUUCCCUUCCAUUCUGACAGGUCCUUCUUACGACUAUAUGGAGUUCCAUAACUGGCUCGAUCUCAGCCUGUUCAAGGAGCUGGAGAAAGAUAAGGACCCCAAGCGAGCUGCUCGACGAAAGCGACACAAGAUCCCCCGAUCUGGAAUCGCUGCUUCCAAGAAACUCGCCGCUGGUAUCUUCUGGAUCGUUCUGUGGACCCAGGUGGACUCUCGAAUCUCCACCGCCUACGCUUACUCAGACGCAUUCACCAAGGAGCACAACAUCUUUGGACGAAUUGUGUACCUCUACAUGCUCGGUUUCAUGUACCGACUCAAGUACUACGGAGCCUGGUCCAUUUCCGAGGGAGCCUGCAUCUUGUCUGGCCUCGGAUUCCAUGGCGUGGACCCCAAAACUGGCAAGUACAAGUGGGACCGUGUCCAGAACGUGGACCCGUGGGGAUUCGAAACUGGUCAAAACACAAAGGCUCUGCUGGAGGCCUGGAACCAGAACACUAACAAGUGGCUACGAAACUAUGUGUACCUCCGAGUGGUGCCCAAAGGCCAAAAGCCUGGAUUCCGAGCCACUAUCUUCACAUUUGUGGUUUCCGCCUUCUGGCAUGGAACUCGACCUGGCUACUAUCUCACCUUUGUGACCGCUGCCAUGUACCAGUCUGUUGGUAAGUUCUUCCGACGAUACCUGCGACCCUUCUUCAUGGAGUCUGAUGGAAAGACUGCCGGUCCCUAUAAGAUCUACUACGACAUUGUGUGUUGGAUCGUUGUCCAAACCGCAUUUGGAUACGCUACCCAGUCCUUUAUGAUUCUAGACUUCUGGCUGUCGCUCAAGUGUUGGAAGAACUCCUGGUUCCUGUACCACAUUGCUCUGGGCGCCAUCUUUGCAAUUUCUAGCCCCUACAAGGCAUGGGCGAUUCCCAAGAUCAAGAAAAAGCAGGCUGGAGCCGUCACUGACAAGAAGGACGCCAAGGAGGAGGUGAAGAAGGACACCAUCAAGACCAAGUAA